AUGCUCCAAUCGCAGGGAUGGAAGCCUGGCGAUCACCUCGGAUCCCCAAGGCCAUAUACUGGUCAGAAAUCGGACCUGAGCACAAAUCCCAUCCGUGUUCAGCUCAAGGACGACACACUGGGUUUGGGUGCUCGAAGUGGGCAGGCCAAGGAAGACGGGCCCACCACGGGGCUCGCGGGUCUACAAGAUCUACUCGGAAGGCUGAAUAAUAAGAGUGAAGGACAGAUACUUCAAGAGCAGAGGCACAGACACGUUUUGCAGAAUGGUAGAUACCUAGAACGCCGAGGCGCACUGACAUUCAUAAGUGCAGGAUUUCUGGCGCAGGAUAAAAUAAAGAAAGAUCCUGACAAGUCGGAUGCUGCAAAAGGCGCAGAUAUGGACGUUGAUUUGACAAUGAAGAACAACCAACGCAUGAAGCGUCUAUAUGAGAAGCCUCAAGUAGAGCCGAUUAGGAUUUCUGCAGACACAAUUGAACCCUUGAUGUCAACUUCACUCGAAAAGCAGACACAACUUAGUAUCGAUGAAGCUAGUGCUAAGCUCGAGGGGAAGGCAGGAAGAGCAGCGCGAAAGGAGCAGAAGAGGGAGAGAAAACGGGAGCGAGUGAAGACGAUGAAACCAGACAUCUCAUCAGUAUCGAAGCAUAAUGAACAGGCGCAAAAUUUAGGCUCAGAAACAAAUUUUCGAGCCAAAGAAGAAAGAUCGAAAAGUCAUGAGCCUCAAGACAGCCACCUUGCUCCAGAGUCAGGGAGGAGGCUCGAGAGCAGACAUCUUGUGAGAGGGCGUUACAUACGACAGAAGAAGGUGGCGAUGAUGGAUACGAAAGCUUUGAAUGAAAUUCUCAUGAUCAAAUCAUGA